GGACUCUUAGCCGUAGUUGCUGCACAGAUUUAGAUACGACAAGAAAUAAAGAUGAAGACUUUAUUUGUUUCAAUCGUGGUGGCCCAAUUACUGCUUUGCAACGCUUACAGGAUUGACAGACAAAGCUGGGAAUUGCUGAAAAGAGAAUUUGAAGAUGCAGCGUUUGCUAAACGGCAAAGAGGAGGUGAAGGAGAAGGGAAUCCUCCACCGCCAUCAACAACCGAGGCAAGUCUAGCUAAACGGCAGGACAGACGUCCAUCUCCGCCAUCAACAACCGAGGCAAGUCUAGCUAAACGGCAAGACAGACGUCCCCCUCCGCCAUCAACAACCGAGGCAAGUCUAGCUAAAAGGGGAAACAGACGUCCACCUCCGCCAUCAACAACCGAGGCAAGUCUAGCUAAACGGCAGGACAGACGUCCUCCUCCGCCAUCAACAACCGAGGCAAGUUUAGCUAAACGGCAAGACAGACGUCCCCCACCGCCAUCAACAACCGAGGCAAGUCUAGCUAAACGGCAAGACAGACGUCCCCCACCGCCAUCUACCACCGAGGCAAGUUUAGCUAAACGGCAGGACAGACGUCCUCCUCCACCAUCAACAACCGAGGCAAGUCUAGCUAAACGGCAAGACAGACGUCCCCCACCGCCAUCAACAACCGAAGCAAGUCUAGCUAAACGGCAGGACAGACGUCCUCCUCCGCCAUCAACAACCGAGGCAAGUCUAGCUAAACGGCAGGACAGACGUCCCCCACCACCAUCUACCACCGAGGCUAGUUUAGCUAAACGGCAGGACAGACGUCCUCCUCCGCCAUCUACAACCGAGGCAAGUUUAGCUAAACGGCAGGAUAGACGUCCUCCUCCGCCAUCAACAACCGAUGCAAGUUUAGCUAAACGACAAUAUGGAGAAGGAAUACCAAGUACAACUGAAGGCUUAUUUGAGGAAGAACAAACCACCAGUCCAUACUAAUAUGCUGAGGGGUUUACAAGGCUUUGAAUAUUAUCUGAAUUAACUGGAGUUGUCAAUACACCAAGAAGUUUAAUCAAUAAAUACAAUUGUGCAAAGAACAAA